AUGGAGGCCGAGAAUCCUCCUAUGACCAGCAGCAAACCACCGCCGUUGAACUCGGACCAGCUUAACUAUCUUAUCUGGAGAUAUCUUCAAGAAGCUGGUUAUGGCGACGCUGCCGUCAAACUACAGCGCGACUGGAAUGUCGACGCCGAGAACCUGCCCUUCGCACGCCACAUCAAGGUCCAAUCUCUAGUAUCUCUGGUGCAAAAAGGCCUGCGUUACCACCACCUCUCCUUGACCAUUGAUGAAAAUGGCCGUCCUUCCCGCGAGCUGAAUCCUUCUAUGUUCUUCUUUGGACCUGAAAGCGAGAAGCCCGCUCAGGAGGUAAGAGAAAUUGCCCAGCGCCCUUCAAGCAGCCAUCGAGCUCCAUCACCAGCAUCACUUGUUCCACAAAAGCGUGAGCCCGGCCCAAACGGCACCAGUGAAGGGCUACUCCAACCUGGGCCUAAACGCAGUCGCAAGACCACAACCUCUGCCGCUGAUCGCAAUGGCGUUCCUGGCCGAAAGCCAGCACCCACAAGCGCGGGUCUUGUUACUAAUAUAGAACUCAAUGCUCCGAAUGGUCACCCCGGAUCUAUCAAUGAUGCUCGGUCUCCAUCGGCGACCGAACCGGGUCCCGAAGAUUCAACUUCAAUCGCCAACGGCAUUCAACUGGGCGACCGAAUGGACGUCGACACCGAUGCCGAAAACCACUCCGAACUUCCGCCAGAGACUCCCGUACUCCACACCUUAAUGAAUGGCGAAAGUAGGGCUGUCCAGGUUGAACCAGCGAAAGUGGUCAACUUAGUCCCCAGCACAACCAUUCUUGGGGUCCACGAGAGUGCGAGCCUCUGCCAGUCGUUAUGGCAUCCUCACGACACCAGUCUCCUGACUGCCUACAGCCAGUCGCUAUGUGGUGCUUGGAGACUAUCUGGCAUACAACAAAACUUCAGACCCGAGCUACAAGAGCUGGUCAGAUACGCUGCCGAAGACGAGAUGGUGACUGCAAUCGCUUGGGAGCCCAGUGGCAGAACGUUCGCUGUGGCACUUUCCACAAGCGCUGGUGGCGAGAUCCAGCUCUACGAUGGGCAAGACUUGGGCUUGUUGGAGACUCUGUCUGCCUCUCAGAGACUCAUUUUCCGCUUGCAGUGGCAAGAAACAGGUUCGAGGCUUGUGGGUUUGGCCCCGGUCGAGGACGAGAGGCAAGGCUCUUCCAUACUCCUCUGGGACCUCUCGAACGCUGUUCAACAUGCAGGCCCUCAUGAUGUCACCGUACCGGAGAUUCUUGAGGAUAUUGAUUGCGCCAUGUUUGAGAACCAAGGAGUCGUCUGUGCAUCAGGCGGCUCUGCUGUCUACCACUGUCGUGCGUUCUCAGAACUCGAAGUGGAACAGAAGUGGACGGCCAAGUCUACGGAGGGUGCUGAACAAUGGUCUUUCGUGAAGUGUGCGUGGCAGAGCCUCAAUGACUCGCUGGUCGUGGCUGCUUCUAGCGAUACUGGCCGAAUCUGGCUCCCAGCCAAGGACUUGAUUCAUGAGGCGCAUCAUGGACCAAUCACUGGCUUGCAGAUCCGACCCAGACCUGCUAAUGGUCUUCACACUCUGUCAACUACCGAGUUUGCGACAUGCUCAGUCGACGGCACAAUCAAGGCCUGGAAAUACGACGAGUCCAGCAACAGCUUGAUGACCUUGUGUAAAUUAUCUCUGGGUCCUUCCCAAAUCUUGAAGACCCUGUCAUACUCGCCCGAUGGCUUCUGCCUCGCUGGCGGAAGCUACAGCGACGUUCGGAUAUGGAACGCAGAACAUGGCUACAGUCAAAUGGCAACCUGGCAAGGACAAGAGCCGGAGUGGCAUGGCAAUGCUCUCAAGGACGAGGAUCUUGUCAGCAACGGUGGCAUUUCGAGCUUAAAUGGGGAUUCUGGGUCGCAAGCCUAUCAUUCACUGGCAUGGGACGCGGACAGCAUGAAGCUCGCCUUUUCUUUGGGAUCGCAGGUCGCCAUCAUCAACUUUCAGCGGUGA